GAUUUUCCCUCAGGGCGGAAUGGAGGCGUGUCUUUACUGUAUGUACGAGUCACCGCUUCUCACGAGUAAGGAAGCACUUUACACUGCAGAUUAUUUACGUCUUUAUUAACAGUAUUUUCUCAAAACAUAAACGUGUCACUCGACUCUGACUUUGUCCGCGACGCGCUGGCACCAUGACAGUGUUUGAAAACUGUACUGUGGUGUUAGAUGUGAAGAACCUGCCUUUUAAAGAGAAGAAUAAACUGAGAUUAGCUCUUCUGGAGAAUGGAGGAAACAUCUCAUAUGUCAUCAACAAAGAGUGCUCUUUUGUAGUCACUAGCAGUGUGAAUGAUCUGAGCGUUAACCGGCAGCGCAGCGUCCAGAAGCUGCAGGUCCCAGUGGUCGGGACGCAGUAUGUGUGGAGCUGUCUGGACCAAGGGCAUCUCCUGCCUUUGACGGAGCAUAGUUUGACCCCACAGCUGCCAUAUCCCGGCUCUGAAUUCCUCCCUCCUUCAGCGUUGAAAGUGUCAACACACAUACUAGGAAAAGAGAAGUUCAAAGGUCACCCUGAACUCCCAAAGACUAAAGCUGAGAUUCUACAGAAGAGUGGACCCCGUCCUGGAAGGUUCAGAGUUUACAAAGAAGGCGACCAUGACCUGCCUGAAUUUCCUGCAUAUUUUCAGGUGGCCAAGUAUUCAGUUUUUGAGAGGGUCAAACCCAAGACUUUGUCUGUUCUGGAGCUGCAGAGUGCCAAAGGCCGAGCAGGCCAGCAGUAUCGUGUGUUGUGUUCAGUCUUGCGUGAAGCUGAGACCGCAGUGGUUCAGGACAAGCUUGUGUUCUGUGUUACGUCUGAAGAUGCUGUGGAAGCUUAUCUGCAGCUGAUGAAGGAGAUGGAGACAGAGGGAUACAGAAAGACACACACACUUUCCCCUGAGGUUGAGCGCUUGGCAUCCUACAGCCUGCAGCAGCUGCUGUUGGAAGAGAAGCUGAACUGCAGCACAUUGUCACAGGAAGUUGGUGUCUUUGUGGAGCUGGUUUGGACUGAAGCUCUCGGUUCGCUUAAUAACAUCCUGACAGUCCCUGUCUCCAGAAUCAGCCUCAAUGACGUGAGCAGGGUGGAGGGAUUGUUACUGCAGGCACAAAAGACUGAGAAAGAGGAUGAAGUCAAAGCCCUGCUGGAGGAGGUCAACACUCUUCUGCCCCUCAGAAUGAUCGACCCUCCUUCCAAACACAAGCUUGUGUCUCAGAAACUGGACCUUUGUCAGCUGAUCAGAGAUAUUGUAAAUGUGAGUGAGGCCACUCUGGGAAGCCCCUCACCCUCGUCUCUGGGAAAAUAUCGAGCUCUGACGUGCAGCAUUGAGGUUGUUCCACCACAAAACCCUGAGUUUCAUGUUGUCUCUCAACUGCUUAAGGACGGGCCUUUUCAGAUUCAGCAGAUACUGCAUGUCACCCGAGGAGUGGAGCUUCAGUUGUUUAGGGAGGAUUUAGGCAACAUUAAACCCCUCCUACACUCCACUAGUCCCAGCAGUUUUGUUGGAAUACUGUCACGAGGUCUGCUGCUGCCCAGGGUUGGAGUCGAACAGCAUGGAAUUGAGAGGACGGAUAUCGGGAAUCUUGGAGGAGGAAUCUACUUCAGUGACUCUGUGAAGACUAGUGUGAAAUACUCCAAGCCCAGUGUGACUGACGGCUCUCGGCUGCUGUUGGUGUGUGAAGUGGCGUUGGGUCGAUGUAAGGACCUGCUGAAGAAAGACACCACGCUGACUUGUGCUCCUGACGGCUACCACAGUGUACAUGGAGUCCAACGCUCUCCCAACAGACUCUCUGAAUUUGAGGAUGAUGAGUUUGUCGUCUAUAACACAGAGCAGAUCAGACUGAAGUAUGUGGUGCAGUAUAGUCUGGCGGGAGAUGAGUUAAAAGAGUUCCAGCCUCAAAUCAACACACAGCUCACCGACACAACACCUGAUAUCUUGUCCAGUGAUGACAGUGAGGGUUUGGAGUCCAUUAAGAAUCCUCUGGAGGAGAUGAACGCAGGUUUGCUGGACAGCAGUGGUCAGAAACUUCCUCUACACGCUGUCAAUGUGAGGUGCAAGCUGAUGGACCUGCUGUGUCAGGUCAUCAUAUUUCAGACCUACACAAACCAGAGUGCUGUUCCCAUUGAAGCAAAGUAUGUCUUUCCACUGGAAGAGACGGCAGCAGUGUGUGGAUUUGAAGCCUUUAUCAAUGGAAAACAUGUCAUUGGAAAGGUAAAGGAAAAGGAGCAGGCUCGUAAGGAGUACAAGCAAGCCAUAGAGAAAGGUCAUGGAGCCUACCUGAUGGACCAGGAUGCACCUGAUGUAUUUACUAUCAGUGUGGGGAAUCUUCCUCCUGGAGCCACAGUUUUGAUCAAGGUGACGUUCAUCACUGAGCUGGUGGUCAGAUCAGGCUCUAUAGUCUUCUCACUGUCUGGCAGCGUGGCACCAUGGCAACAGAGAGCCGCCCUUUAUCAGACAACUCAGGCCACUGUUGAAAAGAUUGGUGUGACAGAGCUUCAGUCAGAAGGGGAGUUUUCUCUGUCUAUGUCCAUUGAAAUGCCUUAUGAGAUCAUCAACCUAAGCUCUUCACACGGCAUCAAAACCAAGAGGACAGACUGCAAGGCAGUGAUCAGCACAUUACCGGGACAGACUCUGGGAUCUGAAGGGUUACAGGUGUCCUUCAGUCUUUCUAAUAUCCACAUGCCCAGAAUGUGGGUCGAGAAUCAUCCGGAUAAAGAUAGUCAAGCCUGCAUGCUGGUGUUUUAUCCAGACUUUAAGUCAAGCGGGGUGUCUGGCUCUGGAGGUCCAUCCAAUGUGAGCGAUGUGGUCAUUCUUCUGGACUCCUCCAGGUCCAUGCAGGGAGACACCAUGCUGAACGCCCGCAGGAUUGCCCUUCAAGUCCUCAAAUCUCUGGACCGCUCACUGAAGAUCAACAUCAUCUCUUUCAGCACUGAUUACAGGGAAGCUUUCCCUGCCCCAGUGGGUUUAGAUGAGGCAUCUGAAGAAGCCAGAAAAUUUAUUAUGUCGUGUGGCGGCUCUGGUGGCAGCACUGAUCUGUGGCGGCCUCUCCGGAGCCUGAGUCUGCUGCCUCCCUGCCGGGGCGUGAGGAACAUCCUGCUGCUCUCUGAUGGACAUGUUCAGAACCAGCCUCUGACCCUACAGUUGGUCCGAGAAAACUCCCACACGCGCCUCUUCACCUGCGGACUCAGCUUGACAGCUAAUCGUCAUAUGCUCAGAGCUUUGGCUCAGGCGGGUGGAGGAACAUAUGAAUUUUUUGACACAAAGAUGAAACACACUUGGACAGAGAAGGUGCGGGCUCAGGUUCAGCGUAUGGAGUCUCUAGGCUGCAGAUCAGUGGCAGUGAAGUGGCAGCAGUUUAAUCCCACAGCGCCCCCUCCUGUUCAAGCCCCCUCACAGCUUCACGCUCUCUUCAGUGACUGUCACACGCUCCUAUACGGAUUUGUGCCACACUGCACUCAGGCCACACUGUUUGCUGAUUUGAGUGGACAAGAGAUCAAAACAAUGGUUUCCACCACAGAACUACAAAAGACAAAGGGAACUUUCCUUCACAAGUUAACAGCAAGAGCAAUCAUCAGAGACUAUGAAGAUGGCAUUCUAGCUAACAGUGAGGCAGAACACGAGGGGAAGAAAGCAGAGAUGAAGUCCUACAUCAUUGAGCUCAGUAAAGAGUUCUCCAUCUUGUCCCAGUUCACAAGCUUUGUCGCCAUUGAAGAGAGGGAGCAGAAUGAGCUUGACACCGGAUUCACAGAUAUUCCUAAAAUCAUAUCAGAGGAAGAUGUGGAUAUUUUGCCAUAUAUGGGCUGGACUGAAGAGAAGCUGAAGGCUGUGCAUAUUAGCAGUGCUGAAGAGGAUGAAUUGAUGGAAUGCUGCUAUAGCUCCACAUCUGAAGAACUCCUCGGUUGUGCUCGUGGAACAGCCGAUUUUGAUGAUGAUGAUGAUGAUUCAGAGGGUGGCUAUGGGUCUGAUUUAAUGGGACAAAUAUCUAAAGCUUGCGUUUCUCUUCCUAGCUCCAGUAGCCCCUGCUGUCCUUCAGGUUCUGCUCUCUUUGACUUUCCCUUUAACUAUGAGGCAGUCGAAUCUCUCCUAGAUUACAGCCUUGUUUCCCAGACAGGCACGACUACCAUAGGUGCCUCAGUGGAUGCUCUUCGUCCUCCUUGCAGUCGUAGUCUCCAUCAAGACUUAAUGGAACCUCUUUCCAAGAUUCAAUGGAUUUCUUCUCAUCCUUCUUUUGAUGCCAUGAUGUCUAGAACUGGCUCCUCGAAUGACAGCCAUCUCAUUUCCCCUGCCACCCAGCUUUUUUCAUCAGAACCUUCUCGCUCUUAUUUUAGUAGAUCUGAAUCAGGGGAAUACAUAGACUAUGGACUUCAUUCCCAGAAAGAAAGGACUCCAGUAAUUUGCCCCAUGAGUUCUACCUUUUCCUGGGACACAGAGAUCUACAGGGAGCUUGACACCUCAACACGUACUCUCUUUACAGAUCCUCCUCAUCCUCCUCAACUCGCAUAUCAGCCAUCCAUGUCCAUGACUCCAAGUCCUGAUCCCCCACCUGCUAGUUCUCGCAGGUCGUGUACAUCUUUUUCCAGGAGGCGCAGGGCUGGUAGCCCCAUUGUCUUUGAUCAACCUGUGUUGUCUGCACCACCUUCUCUCCCUGAAUCUGGUGGCUUUGGUGGUUUCCUCCAAAGUACAAAUGGGCCUUUGGGUUUUGGUUCCUCAGCCACUGGACUCUUUGGAGCAUCUCUGGAACAGCAGCAAAAUGCACGACAAAAACUACGACAACAAAUAGCUGCUCUGUCUUCUAAAGCUGAUAGCUACACACAGUGCCGCUUCCUUCCCGGCUCCCCCUCUUCCUGCUCCUUCUGCUCUCUUUGGUCAACCUACAGUUCCUGAGUUUGCUAUUGGCAUGACAACUGCCAAUGUAUUUGGUGGCACUACUGGUGUCCUGCAAAAGGCAGCUGAGCCUGAACAGUCUUCUGGUUUCUCAGUUUUUAGCUUUGGAGCAUCUCAGCAACAACAAAAACACCUUGUGUUUUCUGCACCUGGCAUGCCUAUGCGUAGAGAUAAUAUGGAUCUGUCGCUUCCGGGAAAACCGAUAAGGAGACCGGACACAGUGGCCUGGAAUGAGCUGUUUGAAUUUCAGCAUGAGGAUGGGUACUGGGAGUGCACUGACAGGCUGAGCAGCUUCCUCAACCUGGACGUAGACUUUUUCGCAAAUGUCUUCCUUCAGGAGAAAGGCAUCCGUUCUUUUGGUGUGAAGGCUCAUGCUGAAAUUCUGAGGCUGAUGGCGACUCUGCUGGUUCUGCAGCUGAUCCGGGUGAAGAAGCUGGAAGUGGGACGGCUGCUCGAGUCUCUCCUCCGACUAAAAGAGUCCCAGGAGCCCAGACCGAGGUACUGGGAGGCAGUGAAGAGGGCUGUGGACUGGGCCUGCCGGACAGACAGACAGUAUCCGUGUGUGUGCAGCAGGCUGGAGAUCGGGCGGGAUUGGGAAUCAUCUACACGUCAACUACUGGGCUGUGAUUCUCCACACCCAUAUUCCUCACUCAAACCUGUUCUGGAGAGACGUAUGGAUGUAUCAGUCGUUUAGAAACUAGACAAAAACUUUCCUUCACUUGGUGUUAGCUUAAUAUUGCAGAAAUUAUCUUCAUAGCCUUAUUUGGACACUUUUAGUCACAUUUAAAAUUGCAAAAUGUCAAACCAAGUAUUUACAAAUAAAUGAUGCAAAACGAACUAGUUAACAGGCCGGCUUAAUAACUGAUUGAAAUUCAAAAAAUGUCUAUUUGAUGAGAAUUAUGCUUAAUUUACUGUAUUUUAAGUUUAAGUACUGUAACCAUGAGAAACCAUGAUAACAAACAAGGUGGACAAGGGAACAAGGGAAAACAGGAACUAAACAAGAAAGUGAACCAUAAAUAUGGUUAUUCCUGUAGAGAAACAGCCCUUGAAACACACAGUCGUAAAACAACAAUGGAAAAAAAUCA